GGAGAAGAAGAAGAAGAAGGAAGAGGAAGAAGGAGAAGGAGGAGGAGGAGAGAGCGGCGGCGGCGAGUGGAGAGGAGCGGGGAGCAGAGAGAGGGGAGAGAGAGCAGCUGAGGGGAAGAGGGGGGGAGCAGAGAGAGGAACAGAGGAGCGAGGAGCAGAGGGGAGGCGACAGGGAGCGGAGGGCGGCGAAGAGCCCGAGGCCUCGGCUGCAGUCUGCUGGUGGGUCCCGGGUGAAGCGCUUAGGCUGCCGCCGGAGCACCGCGGCGGUCCUCUCUGAGUGGCAGGUGUAAUUUACAAUGCAGAGCCCUACCCAGGUUACGAAUGCCUGGCUUUUGUACAGCCUAUACAUAUGAACAAGUGAUCUGUCAUUUUACCUCAACAGUAUCUGAACUGCCAUUCUGCCAACAAUGGCACACAUCACUGUGAAUCAGUAUUUGCAACAGGUAUUGGAGUUCAUCGACAGCAGAGAUAGUGAAUCCUGUGCUGAAUUUUUAUCAUUUAAACAUCCUCACAUUGCAAAUCGUAGGUUACAGUUAGCAAAUCCAGAGGAGAGAUGCCAGCAGAUCCUAGAACCUCCUUAUGAUGAAAUGGUAGCAGCUCAUUUAAGGUGCGCUUUUGCAGUGGCAAAUCAUGAUUUUGUAGAGGCAUAUAAAUACCAAACAUUUGUAGUGCAAUCAUUCUUGAAGGCCUUCCAAGCUCACAAAGAAGAGAACUGGGCUUUACCGAUUAUGUAUGCAGUAGCUCUGGACCUGCGAAUCUUUGCAAAUAGUGCUGACCAACAGUUGGGCAAGAAAGGAAAGGGCAAGACUGGAGAUAUGCUGGAGAAAGCUGCAGAACUACUGAUGAGCUGUUUCCGGAUUUGUGCCAGUGACAACCGUGCAGGAAUCGAUGACUCUAAGAAAUGGGGAAUGCUGUUUCUCGUCAAUCAGCUGUUCAAAAUAUACUUUAAGAUCAAUAAACUCCAUUUGUGUAAACCCUUAAUCCGAGCAAUUGAUAGCUCCAGCUUAAAGGAUGAAUACAGUAUGGCGCAAAGAGUGACGUAUAAGUAUUACGUUGGAAGGAAAGCCAUGUUUGACAGUGAUUUUAAACAAGCUGAAGAAUAUCUGUCAUUUGCGUUUUGCCAUUGCCACAGGGCCACCCAGAAAAAUAAGCGGAUGAUUUUGAUUUAUUUGCUACCUGUGAAAAUGCUUCUUGGUCACAUGCCAACAGUGCAGCUAUUGCGAAAAUAUGACCUCCUUCAGUUUUCUGAUGUCACCAAAGCAGUUGGUGAAGGGAACCUUCUGCUCCUGAAUGAAGCUUUGACGAAGCAUGAGGCUUUCUUCAUUCGCUGUGGAAUCUUUCUAAUACUUGAGAAACUGAAGAUAAUAACUUACAGAAACCUUUUCAAGAAAGUGUAUUUAUUACUCCGAACGCAUCAACUGCCACUUGAUGCUUUCCUGGUUGCUCUUAGAUCCAUGCAGAUCGUGGAUGUUGAUAUCGAUGAAGUCCAGUGUAUUAUAGCCAACCUCAUCUACAUGGGACAUAUUAAGGGUUACAUCUCUCACCAGCAUCAGAAGCUUGUGGUCAGUAAACAGAACCCUUUCCCAUCUCUGUCCUCUGUGAGUUAACCAGCUGAGGCCAGCCAUUUGUGUAUUCUCUCUCCUGGCAAUUCCUCAACAUGCAUGGUGGUGGCUAAUGGUC